GAACAGCAAAGAUGGCCGACUUGAGGAUUCGCUGCCCCGCGCAUGCGCGAAAGUUGGAAAAACGUUGACAUUCCUUGUUCAAAUGACACAAACGACGGUGUUAAAACGUGUCGUAUCGUAGCGGAGUCACCAUCCGUCGUGUAAGGCAGAGGUAAAGUGUGUACGGUGGCUUCAUAAGUUGUGUUUCAGUGCGUACAAGCAGCGUCGCUAAGCUAAGCGUCCAUUUUUAUCCCACAUCCCGAAACCCUGCUUCCCAGAAUCCAGCGCGACGUUACGGACAGAGCUGUCUACUCGCUCAUCUUUCCCGCCGUGAGUCUCUGGCAGCAGGCUGCUGGUAGCUUGACUGUGCAAAGACGGCGAGAAGCGAGCGACCGGCGGGGGAGGCAGGCAAGUCAAAGGAAAGGACAGGACAGGGGGAAUUUAGGCAGUGUCCCGUAUUUGGAAUAAGAAAGACUAGACUACAGCUUUCCUCUUUGACGUGAAACGAGCUCCUCUGUAACCUUCAACAAGGACCCGCAUUUUCCUCUGACGGCUAACUUAACGGGCUGUUUUGGAAGUCUUUGAACUAACCGUCGUUUUUUUUUUCGAACUGCGAGGAAACUAGAAGAGACAUUUGGUUUGUGGACGGAGGAUGGGAUUUAAAGAACAUUUUCUGGCAGCACUGAGUUGAGAAAACAAGGGAAUAUUUUCCAGUUGGAUGAAAAAAAAAAAAUAAGCGUAUUGUCGAAGGGGGGGGGGGUCAAAUUCAGUUCAGCGUUGUGCGUAUUGUGUGUCAACUCCUCCGGUGGGAAACGGGGCGACGAUGGCGUUCAGGCACGGAGAAAAGUAACGUUAACGUUAGCUCGCUGGCUAGCUGAAGAGCUAAGCUAGCAGGCUGCUAACUAAGCCUGUGUCGCCCUUUCCAUUCCUGGAGCAGAGGAGGGGCGCUGGGGCUUUGUAGCAUUGCAGAUCUGCCUUGCAUUUUUUUGGGUUGCUGCAAGAAUGGAGAAUCCCAAAUAUCUUCCACAACAACUCAGGGGGAUCUAUUGAACCGCAUCGACUCGAUUUUUUUCCCCCCAAUCUCCCACACAGGGGGGGGGUGGGAAGACCAGAAAACUGCCAGCUAACGUUGGGAUUUCAUCAAAAAAAAUCAGCCGGCCCGGGGCAGCCAGGGUCUGUAAUUGUGACUACUUCUUUUCGUGUAUGCCCUGUGGGGAAAGGUAUUAUAAAAUGGGGGAGUGCUACACGUCUUAUCCACCUCUUAGAUACUGGAUCUCCAGAGGAAGAUCAUGAACAGGCCUGUUUUAACGCGGAAUUAGCCCCGGCGUGCCCUCGACUGAAAGUUUUUAUUAUUUUUCGAGACGUAUUCAAGGUGAGAGAACUUCUUUACAGGCCCCUCUGCGCUUAACUAACAGGCCGAGGAGGUGUUAGCUCAUUUCCCAUUCCCCACCACCAACACCACCACCUCCUCCAUCAUCAUUAGUUAAACCAAAAAAAACACCCCAACAAGUCGGAAUAAUCAUGUCGGGAGAGGUGCGUUUGAAGAAGCUGGAGAAGCUGAUCCUGGACGGGCCAGCUCACUCUAACGGCCAGUGCCUGAGCGUGGAGACGCUGCUGGAUAUCCUGGUGUGCCUCUACGAUGAGUGCAACAACUCCCCGCUCAGGAGAGAGAAAAACGUCCUGGAGUUUUUGGAAUGGGCUAAACCCUUCACUUCCAAAGUAAAGCAGAUGCGCCUGCACAAGGAAGACUUCGAGAUCCUUAAGGUGAUUGGACGAGGAGCCUUCGGAGAGGUUGCAGUCGUAAAAGUGAGAAACACAGACAAGGUAUUCGCCAUGAAGAUUCUCAACAAGUGGGAGAUGCUGAAGCGAGCCGAGACGGCAUGUUUUCGGGAGGAGCGGGACGUGUUGGUAAAUGGGGACUGCCAGUGGAUCACCACCCUGCACUACGCCUUCCAGGACGACAAUAAUCUGUACCUGGUGAUGGACUACUACGUGGGAGGUGACCUGCUGACUCUGCUCAGUAAGUUUGAGGACCGGCUGCCGGAGGAGAUGGCCAAGUUCUACCUGGCUGAGAUGGUGCUGGCCAUCGACUCGGUUCACCAGCUACAUUACGUCCACAGGGACAUUAAGCCCGACAACAUUCUGUUGGACAUGAACGGCCACAUCCGCCUGGCCGAUUUUGGCUCCUGCCUCAAACUCAUGGAGGACGGGACGGUCCAGUCCUCCGUGGCGGUGGGGACUCCAGACUACAUCUCCCCAGAAAUCCUCCAGGCUAUGGAGGAUGGAAAAGGCAAGUAUGGACCUGAGUGCGACUGGUGGUCCCUGGGCGUCUGCAUGUAUGAAAUGCUGUACGGCGAGACCCCGUUCUAUGCGGAGUCCCUGGUGGAAACCUAUGGGAAGAUCAUGAACCACAAGGAGCGAUUUCAGUUCCCACAGCAGAUAACGGACGUGUCAGAGGACGCGAAGGAUCUGAUUCGUCGGCUCAUUUGCAGUCGAGAGCACCGGUUGGGUCAGAACGGCAUUGAGGACUUUAAACACCAUCCCUUCUUCACUGGCAUCGAUUGGGAAAACAUUCUUACGUGUGAGGCCCCCUACAUCCCAGAGGUCAGCAGUCCUACAGACACCUCCAACUUUGAUGUGGACGAUGACUGCUUAAAGAAUUCGGAGACCAUGCCCCCUCCCUCUCACACUGCCUUCUCUGGCCAUCACCUGCCCUUUGUGGGUUUCACAUACACAAGUAAAUGUACCCUAUCUGACCGGGCUUCCCUGCGACAGCUGGCAGGGGAGCCGGGUAAGGCAGGUCAGGACCAGGUGGACCUGGAUGUCCAGCGCGGCCUGGAGGACAGCUUGGCCACCGAGGCCUACGAGAGGAGGAUCCGCCGCCUGGAGCAGGAAAAACUAGAGCUGAGCCGCAAACUGCAAGAGUCGACUCAGACGGUGCAGGCCCUGCAGCACCCGUCAGGCGAGGGCCCUCCCAGCUCUAACAGAGAGGUGGAGAUCAGGAGUCUGAAGAAUGAGAUCGACAUCCUCAAGAAGCAGAUUGCUGAGUCGGGCCAAAUUGAGAAGCAGCUGGAGGACGUGUCGUUGGCCCGCAGAGACCUGGAGGACUCAUCUAAACACAUCAAGACUCUGGAGAAACAGAUGAGGAGCAUUACACAGGAGAGGGACGACCUGCACAAGGAUGUCAUGGAGGCCAGUGAGAAGAUGAAGGCUCAGUCGAAGGAGCUGAAAGAAGCCCACAGCCAGAGAAAACUGGCCAUGCAGGAGUUUUCUGAGCUCAAUGAAAGACUCACAGACCUCAGGUCGGCAAAGCAGCGCCUGGCUCGCCAGUUGCGCGACAAAGAGGAGGAGAUAGAGAGCCAGAGUCAGAAGGUUGAGGCUCUCCGCCUUGAGGUGCGAAAGUCAGAGAGAGCCAAGAAGGAGAUGGAGGCGCAGGCGGAGGAGCAGGCAGCAGAGGCUCAGAAAGAGAGGAAGCUGAGAGAGCGUAAUGAGCAGUACAGCCGACAGCUGGAGGAGGAGCUGGAAGGGCUUAAGUUGAAGCAGGCCGGCUCCUCUGCCGCCCCGGCCUCAGCAGACCAGACCCAGGAGGUGGGACGUCUGCGUGGAGACCUGGAGAAGAAGACACUCCUGUACGAGGAGGAGCUGGCGCGCCGGGAAGCGCAGCAUACUACCGAGCUGAAGGCCCUGCGCAAAGAGCUGCGGGACGCUGAGAGCCAACACCUCGCCCUGCAGAAAGAGAUCCUAAUGCUCAAAGACAAGCUGGAGAAGAAUCGCCGUGAGAGCCAAAGCGAGCGGGAAGAGUUUGAGACGGAGUACAAGGAGAAGUAUGAGAGGGAGAGGGUCCUGCUCACCGAAGAAAACAAAAAGCUGUCCAGCGAACUGGAUAAGCUCACCACCAUGUUUGAGAAGGUGAGCGGCUCCAACAAGCAGCUGGAGGACGAGAUGAGGGAGCUGGCUGACAAAAAGGAGAGUGUAGCUCACUGGGAAGCCCAGAUCACUGAAAUCAUCCAAUGGGUGAGUGACGAGAAGGACGCUCGGGGCUACCUGCAGGCUCUGGCCACGAAGAUGACAGAAGAGCUAGAGGGACUGAGAAACACCAGCCUGGGAGCGAGAGCCACGGACAUGCCAUGGAAGAUGCGGCGCUUCGCCAAGUUGGACAUGUCGGCCCGUUUGGAGCUGCAGUCGGCCCUGGACGCUGAGAUCAGAGCCAAGCAGAGCAUCCAGGAUGAGCUGAACAAGGUCAAAGCCAACAACAUCUCCACAGAAUGUAAGCUGCAGGAUGUGGAAAGUAAAAACCAGGAGCUCCUGACAGAGAUCGACAGGCUGAAGAAAGAGACAGAAGAGCUGCGGCUACGAAGGGGUGUCAAGCACCAGGAUUCCCAGAAUUCCUUCUUGGCUUUUCUCAACGCCCCCACCUCAGCGCUGGACCAGUUUGAUCGCUCGCCAUCCGUUGGCCCAGCUAGCAAAGGCAGACGUGUGGACUCGAUGGAUAACUUCACCCCCUCCAACACUCCAUCCCGGGAAGACGACCCCAAGUCGCACCUCAAGUCCCGCUCGCGUUCACCCUCCAUGGCUAGUGAUAUGGAACCCCUAGAGUUGAUAGACCCUCCACCCCGUAUCGUCCAGACCCCCACCAUGCGCUCGGGAGGGUACGGCAGUAUUGGACGCUCGUCACCGAAGUCCAAAGCACAUCAGUUUGUGGUGAAGUCGUUCAACACGCCCACGAAGUGUAACCGGUGCACCUCCCUCAUGGUGGGGCUCAUACGUCAAGGUUGUACCUGUGAAGUAUGUAACUUCUCCUGCCAUGUAACCUGUGCGGACAAAGCUCCAGCUGUGUGUCCCGUACCCCAGGACCAGACCAAGGGCCCGCUGGGUAUCGACCCUCAGAGGGGGAUUGGUACUGUGUAUGAGGGCCACGUCAGGGUGCCCAAACCGACAGGAGUGAAGAAGGGUUGGCAGAGGGCGAUGGCUGUGGUGUGCGACUUCAAAUUGUUCCUCUACGAACUGGGAGAAGGAAAAGCAACGCAACCGAGUGUAGUAGUCAGCCAAGUCAUAGAUAUGAGGGACGAAGAGUUUUCAGUCAGUUCUGUCCUGGCCUCUGAUGUCAUUCACGCCAGCCGCAAAGACAUCCCCUGUAUAUUCAGAGUGACAGCGUCCCAGCUCUCCCCCUCCAGCAGCCACAAGCCCUCCAUCCUGAUCCUGGCUGACAGCGAUCAGGAGAGGACCAAGUGGGUGGGCCUCCUCAACGAGCUCCACCGCAUCCUCAAGAAGAACAAGCUCAAGGAGCGCUUCGUCUACGUCCCCAAGGAGGCUUAUGACAGCACCCUGCCGCUCAUCAAGACGACACAGUCUGCUGCUAUCAUAGAUCACGAGCGUGUCGCCCUUGGCAACGAGGAAGGCCUUUUUGUCAUCCAUGUCACCAAAGAUGAAAUAAUCCGGGUGGGGGACAACAAGAAGGUGCACCACAUUGACCUGAUACUCCAGGAGCAGCUGCUGGCGGUCAUCUCCGGCAGGAACCGCCACGUGCGCCUCUUCCCCACGCAGGCCCUGGACGGCCGCGAGACCGAGUCCUACAAGCUGGCUGAGACAAAGGGCUGCCAGACCAUCGUCUCCGGCCCCGUCCGCAACGGCUCGCUCACCUGCCUCUGCGUGGCCAUGAAGAGACAGAUCAUAUGCUACGAGGUGAAUAAGAGUAAAGCACGUCACCGCCGGCUGCGAGAGCUGCAGGCCCCGGCAGCCGUUCAGUGGAUGGGUCUGCUCAGCGAGCGUCUCUAUGUCGGUUAUCAGUCUGGCUUCACCCGAUACAGUGUCCAUGGCGACGUGUCCCCCGUCAACCUGCUCCACCACGAGGACCACACCCUGGCCUUCAUCCCCCAGCAGGGCCUGGACGCCCUCUGCGCUGUGGAGAUUUCCAGCAAGGAGCUGCUGCUGUGCUUCAGCGCCAUAGGAGUGUACGUGGACUCCCAGGGCCGCAGGUCACGUCAGCAGGAGCUGAUGUGGCCGGCUAUUCCCAACGCCGCCUGCUACAACGCCCCCUACCUGUCAGUGUACAGUGAGAACGCUGUCGAUGUGUUUGACGUCAACACCAUGGAGUGGAUUCAGACCAUCCCUCUGAAGAAGGUGCGACCUCUGAAUGUCGACGGCUCUCUGAACCUGCUGGGACUGGAAACAGUCCGGCUCAUCUACUUUAGAAACAAGAUGGCCGAGGGUGAUGAGCUGGUCGUCCCGGAGACGUCAGACAACAGCAGGAAGCAGAUGGUGCGCAGCAUGAACAACAAGAGACGCUUCUCCUUCAGGGUGCCUGAAGAAGAGCGACUCCAGCAGAGGAGAGAGAUGCUGCGAGACCCAGAGAUGAGGAACAAGCUAAUCUCCAACCCAACCAACUUCAACCACGUGGCCCACAUGGGACCAGGAGACGGGAUCCAGAUCCUUAAAGACCUGCCCAUGAACGUCCGUGUUCAGGAGAGCCGUGCGGGCUUCAGCGGAUCGGUCAGCAUCCCCUCCAUCACCAAGAACCGGGCCGAGCCAGGCCGCUCCAUGAGCGCCAGCAGCGGACUGGGCAUACGCUCGUCCUCUCAGAACGGCAGCGCUCUGCGCAGAGAGCUGUCAGGUGGGAGCUACGGAUCCAAACGGCAGACCAUGACCUCUCCCUCCGAGAGCUCCCUGUCCUCGGGCGGAGGCAUGGACUGCGGCGACGCUCCGCUCUCGCAGUUUGACAGAGAGUGGCAGGCAGUCUCACCGUCGGAGAAGACCCCCGAUCUGAAAAGGGCUUUAAGGACCCUGCUUAGUAAGAUGAAGGACUCGGACUCCCCCCGUCACUCCACGGCCUCCAACAGCUCCACCUUCAGCAGCCCUCCCAGUCCGGCAUCCCCACACAAGACCAAGUCCCUGUCCCUGGAGAGCACAGACCGGAUGGGCUGGGACACAUGAGCCUCCGCCAAGCCUCUCGCCCCGCCCACCGACCGACUCACCGACCAACUCACCGACUCGACCGACAGCACAGGACUCCAGACUCCUCCUCUUCCCUUCUCCACUGCAGCCUCUCGCAACCUUUCCUCCCUCCGCCCUUGUCCCCCCUCCUCACUGCCCGGAGAACUGCACCUCCCUCCUGACGAACAUUUGUCCCACUUUCACGACCUCGAUUUGUCUCCAACUGUACUUCCAAGAUGGGGCAGGAAAGAGUCUGUCGUCUGUUUGAGAGAAACUGAGGGAGUUAACAAAACUUAGCGGUAGUGUCCAUGUGGGUGCUGAUGUUUGAGGGUGCAAGUGUGUGUGUGUGUGUGUGUGUGUGUGUGUGUGUGAGUGUGAGAAGCUGUAUGCGCUUGCCAGCGUGUGUGCAUGUGUUUUUUCAGAAAGGGCAUACGAUAUAGGAAUGAAAACCUCCCGUCUCGGCCUUUCUUGUUUUUUUUUUUUCUUUUUUUGCUAUCGAACCGAAGCGUCGAGCUUCGCCGACACCACUCUGUCCACGCCCCCACCCACCCUGCCCCUGCCCUCGAUUCAUUCAGAGACUCAAAAACCUCACGAUGCAACAAAAAGAGAAGAGGAUUAUUAUCGAGAGAAAAUGAUUUGUACUUGUACAUAGGACCCUUUGGGUUUUAGGGGACAAUAUUUUAAUUUAUUUAUCAAUCUUAGACAAGGAAAGGGAGGUGCGCUUCAUGGCCUGAAUCAGACGGGUGGAGUUUAAAUCCCUCCUCACCUCCCUCAGAUGCUUUCUCUUCGGGUGCUGCAGAAAUUGAAAAUGUUAAAAAAAAAAAAAAGAAAAGAGAGAGAGAGAGAUAAAGGAAAGCAAUGAUUCUUUUUUUUUUUUGUUUCUCAUCAUACUAAGUGCAGUGACUUUAUAAUAUUUUUUUAUUUGUCCGCCAUCAGCAUAAAAAAAGCAGCGUUAAUAAUAAUAGUAAUGAUAAUAAUGCCGGCUCCUAUGACAUCAUCACAGCUCCUCCUCCUCCGUUGCUACUCUCUCUUCCUCAUUGGUCCAGUUGCAAGUGACAUCAUCCAGCAGCAGCAGCAUCCCUGGGCGUGUCCUCCAUCGUCCAUCGUAGUGUUUAGAUGUUUGCUGUCCAACCAAACCGACCAACUCACACACAGGUUCCCAUCACAGUAAUGUACAUAGGUUCAAAGUAGAGAGUAAUAUAUGAUAAGGAAAAUACUAUAGAGAACUACAUGGGGAGGGAAAACAAACUCCUCCUUGACUUUUAUUUUCCUUUUGUGUUUGUUUGGAGUGAUUUGGGGUUGUAUUCACACAAAAAGCCAUUUUAAACCACUUUUCUUUUUUUUACCGAUUUGAUUUUAGAUUUGUUUCUUUUAUAUUGUAUGUACGACACGCGUUGUGUUUGUGUUUUUGUUUCCUCCCCACUCUGUCCGAGUGAAGAGAAGUCACGUAUGGAUCCACACUACUGCCCGUACACGUGCAUUUAUCACAAACCUGUAUCUACACACACGCGCAUACGUGUGCGCACACACACACACACACCGAGGUGGUGUUUUUAUGCAGCAUAAUGCCUUGUCCUGCUCCACCUCUCGACUGUCAAAGAGGUGAAGCGGUUCUGAUCAUUUAAUCAACAGUUAACGUGUGUGUGUGUGCGUGUGUGUAUUUUAAAUUCACUGUGGUAUCUGGAUGGAAAGAUCAGUCCUUCCGCUUGAGCUUGAUUUAACCAAAAAUGGACAAAAGAGGGAGACUUUGUGAUUUCUUGUUUUGUCUUUCUGACGGCCUUUGCGUAUUCCAGAGGAGGCUCGGUCCAUGUGUUCAUUGUAAAGCGACGUUUGUAAGAGCUCUUUAAAAAUAAAACACUAAAAACGAGAAUGUAAACACUUCCACGCUGCGAGAAAAGUCAGCACUUGGGUUUCUGUUUGUCGCAGAUGAAAUGAGCUCAGUGCGACCUGUUGUCUGUAAAAUGAACAGGGCUGGAUGUUUUAAACCCCCCUCCAGGCGUUUUUCUUUUCUUUUCUUUUCUUUGGCAGAGCAGAAAGGCCUCUGAAAGAGCAUUUUUACAGUGUGGCAGCUCCUGGCUGCAGAGCAUGACAUUCACAGCCAAAAACCUGUUACCUCUGUUCAUCUCCUUCAGUUUACAGACGGAUCGAAAAAAAAAGAAAAAAAAGGCAUUUUUACUUGAGGGCCAGAUCAGAGUCAAACUGUGAGGGAACAAUGUGCACGGAGCCGGAAAGCUGUCCGCAACUGUCCCGACAUGAAACACCAACUAUGGCGUGGUGUGAUCUGUAAGAAGAGCGGCCUGUUGUUAUUAGAGACUCGUGAUGUACAGCACAGCGUCCUGGGUCAGAAUCCUCCAGUUUAUUCCGCUUGUUUUGUUUAUUAGAAAGGGAAACAAAAACAUGGCGGUUCCUUCAUUCCUGCCGAUUCUCCUGUUGAAACACAACAAAGUAGCUAAACAACCCAUUCCAAGUGUUUUUAUUUUAGUAUUCCAUUUUAUAUGAAGAGAGAGGGAGAGGUUUGGAGCUCCACGGUGCCACUAAGCUGGUUUUAUUCCAAACAAACACCUCUUAGAAACUUUUUUUUUUUAAGCUAGUCUCCAUAGUUCCUGCUGGAGUUUAUCUGUAGAAUGUAUUAGGUGGGGGUGAGAGAACCGUCUUAGCCAGGUGUUUUAUUAUCGGGCCAAUAUUGUACAGAGAAACUGAUCCUAGAUAUCCCAGUUUAAGGAAAAGGGGAAGAGAAAACUCAGGAAAUGUCAGAACCAAUGAAUUAUUUUCAUUUAAAAAUGGGUUUGUUUGAUGGAUAGAUGGAUGGCUGGAGUGAGCGAGUGAGGGAGAAAUGAAUCUGGCGGUAGUUUACAGUAGAUGCGACCCGGGCGGAGACAGCAGGAAGAGAAAAGGUGGUGAGGACGAGAUGUAAUAAAAAAAAAUUCAAAUAAAAAAUCUGAAAUGUUUUCAGGGGUGAAGGGUGACAGGUGCUUUGAUGGCUGAGGUGCCACAGUGGUAACAUUUAAGAGAAGGAAAAUCUAAAAUAAAAAAAUUCAAACGCCUUUGCAUUUCAGUGAGGUCUUAUCUACAGUACCUUCUAUAUUAUUUUGCUCUUUCAUAUCAUAUUACACUUUUUGUUUAUUUUGUUUUUUUCUAGGAUUGCUUUGUAAUAAUUUGUACAGUUUUGCAUGUUAUAGAUGUAAUCAU